GGCGAACUUUUCUAACGAUCCCAAUCGAUCGUCUGGCAGACGUUAUGAAAGGAGAGUAUUAGAGAGUAUUGGACAGAGUGUCUCUGUCCAAAAACGUGAAGGAGAACUCUAAGUGAUCGAUAGAGAGGAAAGAAAUCUUCAGCUGCUUGUUCAUUUUCUUCAAACGUUCACUUCAGUAUGGCGGCCGUUUCUUUGUCGCAUUGCUGGACACUCAAUUUAUAUGGUGAGGGUCUCUUUAUCGUAGAAAUGCGAUAAUCUACCUUUUCAAGAAAGAGCGCAGUUGGAUUAUUUUACACAUUGCAAUGGCGCACGUUUUAGCAUAUUUUCAACAUUUCCCAAUUGGAAACUAACUAACCUUGUCUAAAGUGCACUAGAUUCUCCUUAUUUUCAAACCCUGUUUAUCAAAUCUCUUUGAGUCCAAUAUGCAUGAACCUAUAAGGAUUUACCAGCUUUUGGUUUACCAGUCUGUAUAUUGUGACAGAACUCUAAAGAAUUAAGAUUUAGUGUGUAUAUCAUACAUGAACUACUUGAACCUCUAAAGGAAUCAAGACCAGGGUAAAAGUUUCUACUUUACUUUUCUUAAGUGACUUUUCUCCUUUUAAAUAUGUAAAAAACAUUUAAUUUGUUUUCAUUUUAAACUUGAUGCAUUGGCUGCCUUAAAGCUAGGAGCCUAUCAAGUACCAUGUUCUUGAGUUUAAAUAUAGAAUUUAAUGUAUGUACGGCUGGCUUCAAAUGGGGUUUCAAAUAAGUGUAGUGCAUGCUGUGCUUCAGAAACAAUUUGUAUCAAAAGAUUCAAUCAUAACAUGCAAAUGCCUUUUUUAAUUAAUCAUCGUCAUUAAUAUUAUAACAGCAAAUGGGAAGUUAAUAUUUAUACUUUUCUCUUUCACAGUUUUUCAGCUAAGAAAUAAUUAUAAUGAUUUAUUACUUUCAGAAUGCUACUCCCAGUUCAAGGGACUCAAUGAAAAUCAAUGAACAGCAGCUUGACCUUUACAUUGAGAGAAUAAUAGAAAUUGCUGCAUCAAGCUUGGGGGACGUUGUUGUUAGGGUAUCAAGCAGCACUAAACAGUCAGAGAAAGAUUUUGGUAAUAGAAGUGCAUCAUCUUUAAAUGUGUGUGGAAACUUGACAUCAUCCUAUAGUGAAGUGACACCAAGUGAGAGUCUUACUUCAGUCUAUGAGCCUGAGGGAGGAACUCCAGUCCAUGCCCCCAGUCAAGAAGGUAAUUACUGCUGUUUCAUUAGACAAAAGUAUGCUCUAUUGCAAUAAGUUCAGCCAUGGUUACCAUUAGCCUUUUAUAACCCAGGUGGAAUAUUAUCCCAAUCUGUACUUACUUAGGGUAGUUAACUUUUUGUCUUAAUGCAGUCUUUGAGCCUGGAGGAGGGACUCCAAUUCCAGCUCAGAAAUACAAGGCCUCCCCAGCAAUUGAUGCCCCCAGUCAAGAAGGUAAUUACUGCUGUUUAAUGAGUAUGUUCUAUUGCAAGUAGUUCAGCCAAGGGCUGCAGUUAGCCUUCUGUAUAUUCCAGUUGGAAUAUUCUCUCAAUCUGUUAUUACUUAGGAUAGUUAACUUUUGUAAAAUUUGCCAGUGUUUUAACCCUUUAACUUAAAUAUCUGAAUGUUAAUUCUCCCUAUUAGCUGCUAUACAUUUCCUUGUAAAUUAGUUAUGAGUAUUUGAUUAGAUCAAGGUAAAAAGUUCUACCAGAUACAAAGUUUGAGAAUUCUCACUACCUGUUUGCUGGAUAAUGAGUGAAUAUUACAGGAAGAAGGAACAUGUUAAAUAGGGUUAAGCUGAAGAAAGAGUCAUCUGCAAUUAUUAUGCAUUUGUAGACUCAGUAUAAACCUCGCCAUGAGUGAAAUAUAGUUGAUGUUUUAUCAUGGGGAAUAAUCAAGGAAUUUUCUGUGAAUGUUUGCAUAUCUACUAAACAUAAAAAUAAACAUUCAAAUUUUCAACCAUUUGACCUCUUCAUAGUGCUUGUUCAGGAAAGCUCUGACCCCCCUGUUGAUCAACCUCCCCAGUCCCCAUCAUCACCUGAGCCCAGUGGAAAGAAGAUUGGAAGUAGAAAGUUCAAUGGAACUUGCAUU